AUGGGCCCCCCCGGCGUGCUGCCCGCCCUGGCCUGGCUGCUGGCGGGGCUGAGCGUGCCGGCGCCGAGCCGGGCCCAGCUGCACGGCGAGAAGGGCAUCUCCAUCCCCGACCACGGCUUCUGCCAGCCCAUCUCCAUCCCGCUCUGCACCGACAUCGCCUACAACCAGACCAUCAUGCCCAACCUGCUGGGUCACACCAACCAGGAGGACGCGGGGCUGGAGGUCCAUCAGUUCUACCCUCUGGUGAAGGUGCAGUGCUCGCUGGAGCUGAAGUUCUUCCUGUGCUCCAUGUACGCGCCGGUGUGCACGGUGCUGGAGCAGGCCAUCCCGCCGUGCCGCUCCAUCUGCGAGCGGGCGCGCCAGGGCUGCGAGGCCCUCAUGAACAAAUUCGGCUUCCAGUGGCCGGAGCGGCUGCGGUGCGAGAACUUCCCCCGGCACGGCGCCGAGCAGAUCUGCGUGGGGCAGAACCACUCGGAGGACGGCGGCUCCCCGGCGCUGCUGACCAGCGCCACGCCGCUGGCCGGCCAGGGCACCCCCGGCGCCCCCCGCUACGCCACCCUGGACCACCCCUUCCACUGCCCACGGGCGCUGAAGGUGCCCAGCUACCUCAACUACAAGUUCCUGGGGGAGAAGGACUGCGCGGCGCCCUGCGAGCCCACCCGGCCCGACGGCCACAUGUUCUUCAACGAGGACGAGAUCCGCUUCGCCCGCAUCUGGAUCCUCAUCUGGUCCGUCCUGUGCUGCGCCUCCACCUUCUUCACCGUCACCACCUACCUGGUGGACAUGCAGCGCUUCCGCUACCCCGAGCGACCCAUCAUCUUCCUCUCGGGGUGCUACACCAUGGUGUCGGUGGCCUACAUCGCCGGCUUCGUGCUGGAGGAGAGGGUGGUGUGCAACGAGCGCUUCCAGGAGGACGGCUACCGCACCGUGGUGCAGGGCACCAAGAAGGAGGGCUGCACCAUCCUCUUCAUGAUGCUCUACUUCUUCAGCAUGGCCAGCUCCAUCUGGUGGGUCAUCCUCUCCCUCACCUGGUUCCUGGCCGCCGGCAUGAAAUGGGGCCACGAGGCCAUCGAGGCCAACUCCCAGUACUUCCACUUGGCCGCCUGGGCAGUGCCGGCGGUCAAGACCAUCACCAUCCUGGCCAUGGGGCAGAUCGACGGCGACCUGCUGAGCGGCGUCUGCUUCGUGGGCCUCAACAACAUCGACCCUCUGCGAGGCUUCGUGCUGGCGCCGCUCUUCGUCUACCUCUUCAUCGGCACCUCCUUCCUCCUGGCCGGCUUCGUCUCCCUCUUCCGCAUCCGCACCAUCAUGAAGCACGGCGGCACCAAGACGGAGAAGCUGGAGCGGCUCAUGGUUCGCAUUGGCGUUUUCAGCGUCCUCUACACCGUGCCGGCCACCAUCGUCAUCGCCUGCUACUUCUACGAGCAGGCCUUCCGCGAGCACUGGGAGCGCAGCUGGAUCAGCCAGAACUGCAAGAGCUUGGCCAUCCCCUGCCCGCUGCACUUCACCCCCCGCAUGACCCCCGACUUCACCGUCUACAUGAUCAAGUAUCUCAUGACUCUGAUCGUGGGCAUCACCUCGGGGUUCUGGAUAUGGUCUGGCAAAACCCUGCACUCCUGGAGGAAGUUCUACACUCGGCUCACCAACAGCAAGCAGGGCGAGACCACGGUGUGACCCUCCCCCCGCCCUUCGGCCUGAAAUAUUUUUUUGUUUUGGGGGGUGGGGUGGGGGAGGAGUUAUUAUAUAUUUUUUAUUUUUAGAUUUAUUAACGUCUAAGGGGUGUCUCUCUUUCUCUUUGGAUUUUUUUUUUUUUUUUUUUUGUAAUUAAACCUGUAAAUAGCAUUUGUAAA